AUGGAUGUCAUCGUAGGAUUGUCAAGUGGCGAUCUUGUAUGGAUCGAUCCCAUCCAUUAUCGUUGCACACGUAUGAACAAAAAUGGCCUUGUUUCUAAGUCGCCCGUACGGCAAGUACGUUGGAUCCCAUUUCAAGACACUCGCUUCCUCAGUGCUCAUGAGGAUGGUUCCAUUUAUGUGUGGGAUGUCGAACGUGAGGAUCCCCCUGAGGGCUUCGAAAAAAAACCCAACGACUCUACUUGGAACCCAAAGACAAGCAUCGUUGUAGAAAAGCCUGAUAUCCGCUCCGACACAUCGUCGAGCGGCGUGUUGAAAAUGGGCCGCCAUCGUGAUCAUCAGCCCGUGUUCUACAACCCUGUGGCUGUAUGGAAUGUAUCACGACGACCCAUAACCGAUAUGGCCUUCAGUCCAGAUGCCUUCAUGCUGGCAGUCACAAGCGAGGAUGAACUUUUACAUCUUAUUGACGUGAAGCGAGAAGUACUUGUGCGUUCAUUUUCGUCCUACUUUGGUGGCUUCAAAUGCUCGUGCUGGUCACCUGAUGGCCGCUUUCUCUUGACUGGAGGCCAAGACGACCUUAUUUGUAUAUGGGCACCUCACGAGGGCCACCUUGUUGCUCGCGCCCAGGGACACGACUCAUAUGUAUCGGCCGUGGCUUUUGAUCCGUGGUGCUAUCAAAGUUCCUCCUCAUUCGAUGCAUACCGCAUUAUCUCUGUUGGCGAGGAUGGCAGGCUUUGCUUAUGGGACUUUUCUAGCUCUUCUCUGCAUCGCCCUCGGACCAAACCGAUCGGAACUUCAACCACAAUGCAUACGUCGGCCUUUCGACACUCUCCUUCAAAUAUCCAUAUUCGGACGCAGCCACGGGCCGAUGUGCCUAUGCUGCAUCCUACAUCUACAGUCUCAAUGCCUUGGUGCGCACCAUGCGCCUUGCGUAUCGCGCCCUACUACCUGAUUGUUUUGCGUCUUGACGGUGAAAUAGACGUAUUCAGCCGGCCAAAGCGCGCAGCUGAACCGCCCCGACGAUUGGAUACCACAUCUGAUUUUUCGUCCAGGCAAGGGUUCAGUCCUCGUAAGUCGGAUGACGAGCCUAUAUCGCCUGAUGGCAAAGCGCAGCGACACACGUUUCGCCGUACACUUGGCUCACCAUUUACACGGAGUCUGCGAAAAAGUGCAGCCUAA